AUGCCAACGCACAACAUGAAAGGAUAUGAGCGGCUGGACGUGUGGGCCCUCGAAUACACACUUCAGCUACGCUUCUGGCUUAUCGGCAUCUUCAUAGCUGCAUUCUGGUUCGCCACAAUCUACCAGGAACCUUCAUUUCAAGACAAGGUAGGAAACCGACCGACGCAGCCUCGAGCCCCAUACCAGCGCGGCCAAUCCACGGCAUGGCUGCGACCUUACCUCACGUCGCAAUGGCGGAAGGGGGCCGCUGUCCUGAUCUACCUCGCCAUUCUCUCGCUGCAGCUGUUGGAGGGGUACUGGAUAGUCAAGAUGGACGCCCGCAUGUUGAAGAAGUUCUGGGUGAUCGUGAGACCGCGGUACACCGGGCUGGGCGUCGGCCUCGUACUACGCUGCGCACUAUGGCCCUUCCUUACCGCGUUCAUGACCGUGUGUGCUCUGGCCACCAUCGCGGCCGGAUUCCUCAUUGUCUUCCUUCAGCUCAUUUGCCUCUUUGAACUGGCGACGCAAUCCCCGGGCGACCUGACUCCGACCAGCUAA